GUGCCCCGAAACAUGCAGGGAAGAAGUCCCUGCACUUCUUCGGAAAACACAGCCCGCACAGGAACCUCAGUUCCCAGUACGGUUGUGAUUUCGAGUGCGGGCGGCGUGCCAUUAGAAUUAAUGGCACCCGCCCGCGGGUCCGCAUUCCUCUGUGUGGGUGGUGCGGCUGCAAGGAUUUUUGUGCGGAUCCACAGCGGCACCACCCGCACCUAUGUGAACCUAGCCUUAAGCUUUGACAAUAAAACCCAGAAGCUGAUUGGUUUCUAUGAAGAGCUGCACCAGAUUUUGCACCAUGCAGUUUUAGUAAAUAACCCCCUAAGU